AUGGCUGAGGAAGUUUUAAAGAGUUACCUGAAAUGCGGAGUGUGUUUGGAGACUUUCAAAGAACCCGUGUCUCUGGGCUGUCACCACAACUUCUGUCACGGCUGUCUUCAAAGCUUCUGGGAGCAAGCUAAAAACAAAAAAUGUCCUACUUGUGAGAGAAAAACCUCAAAGGAUUGUCUCUUUAUUAAUUUUGGACUACAGCAACUAUUGGACAAGUAUACUGGAAGCCAGAGAGCUGAUCCACCCGAGUCUAGGGCAGUGUGUACAACUCACACACAGGAUCUUAAAUGGUGUGAGGAGGAGCAGAGAGUCGUGUGUCCGGUCUGUGACCAGCAGGUCCAUGGUCUCACACUGGUUCCUCUGGAAGAUGAGGUGCGUAAUGUCAAGAAGCUUCUGAAACCUCAAUUAGAGUCGCUGAAGAGAAGGAGGAAUACAUACAAAGAGAUUUCUGACACAUGUGGUUACAUGGCCCAACACUGCAAGAAACAACUGGGAGAGACAGAGAGACGGAUCAAGGCAGAGUUUGACCAGCUUCACAAGUUCCUUAUUCAGGAGGAGGAGGGCCGAAUGGCAGCCCUGAGGGAGGAAGAGAAACAGAAAAGGGAGACAAUCAUCCUUGAGCAGAAGAACAUUCAAGCACAGAUGUCCGUUCUCUCAGAGGUAAUCUCCGCUGUGGAACAGGACCUGCCGCUGAAAGACAACGCAGCGUUUCUCACCAUCCCCAGGGACCUCUGGUCGGGGUCUGCUCCACAGGUGCUUCGUGGAGGUCUGAUGGACGUGGCCAAACACCUGGGAAACCUGGCCUUCAGAGUGUGGGAGAAGAUGAGGGAGAAAAUCAGGUUCACACCUGUUAUCCUCGAUCCAAACACGGCAUCGAACCGUGUUGUUAUCUCAGAGGAUCUGACCAGUGUGAGACAUACGACAGGACAGUGGCAGAAUCACCCUGAGAACCCAGAAAGGUUCAGGGACUAUUCUAAUGUUCUGGGUUCAGAGGGCUUCACAUCAGGGAGACACAGCUGGGAGGUGGAGGUGGGAGACCAUCCUGACUGGCGGAUAGGGGUCGCUAAAGAGACGGUGGACAGGAAAGGCGGGCUUUAUGCAUCGCCAGAAAAUGGAUUCUGGUGUUUAUUCCAUUACAAGGGUGGGUACAGUAAUGGUUCAACUGAAAGAUUGAAUUUGGAGAGGAAUCCUACGAGGAUCAGAGUCCUGCUGGACUGUGGGAGAGGGGAUGUGUCCUUCUACGACCCUGAAGUAAAUGAUCCCAUCUUAUCUUAUCGAGGCACAUUUUCUGAGAAGAUCUUCCCAUUCUUUUGUGUUUGGGAAGCAGGUGAAGCUCAAACCAGAGAUGUGAUGGUGUGUGGUGCUAAAAGUGAUGGGAAUGUUGUGAGAGAAGAACUGAACACGGUUUAGAUGUGAGAUAUUGUAGAGUCGUUCACAGCACAGAAGGAUUAAUGUUUAAUGAGGACACUCAAUAUACGGUAAUAUAACAGCCUUAUCUGUAUCUUUAAGAAGGAAAGGUUAGUCAAAGUCUGAAUGUUUUAUUAUCCAAUCUGCAGUAAUACAUGGUCACUCUGCACGAUAAAAUACUUGACAAGGCAAGGGUCAGCUUCAUCGAACCAAUCAAAUAGACAUAAUAAAACAGCAAAAAGUUGUAGGUAAAAUAUAUUACAAGUGGCAAUAAAGUGAGCGGGGCGAAGGUAUUCAAAGGGAAUGGUCAGUUCACUGUUCACCAGUGUGACGGCCUUGGGUUGGCCAGAUGUGAUAUGACCAGGGGUCAGGGGUCAUUAAGGGACAACGUCUUAAUACUGACUGCCAACCACUCGUUUAUUUUAAUCUGUAUCUUUAAGAAGGAAAGGUUGGUCAAAGUCUGCAUGUUUCAUUAUCCAAUCUGCAGUCCGUCUGCACAAUAAAAUACUGGACAAGGAAAGGGUCAGCUUCAUUAUACCAACAAAAUAGACAUAAUAAAAAAGCUAGAAGGUGCAGGUUAAAUGAGAGGCGACAAUAAAGUGAGCGGGGUGAAGGUAUUCAAAGGGAAUCGUCAGCUCAUUGUUCACCAGUGUGAAGGCCUUGGGUUGGCCAGAUAGGAUAUGGGGGGGCCAGGGUCAUUUAGGGAUAACGUCUUAAUACUGACUGCCAAGCUGUCGUCUGUUUCAAUCUGUAUAAACUAUUGAUUAUCAUAAACAGAAUGCUACUUGAUAUGUUGACACAAAAAAAGACUAAAUAUCGAAUCAAAUGUAAAAUAUACGAUUUAUAACAAUAGAAGACAUUUAAACUGUUUAUUAUAUAAUAUGUAUUGCAUGACGUAUAAUGUAGUAUGCUUAGUGCUGGGAAAAUACCUACAUAUUCCUGUAUGCUGAAUAUACUUCUAGAAAUUAUUGUUAAAGAUUUGUCCGCCUAAAAGGCGAACAAUUAAGGGUUAUACAAAUGAUGGUGACUGUUCAUGAAUUGUUUGCCCUGCUAGAAUAUUACUGCAAUAUAAACAUUAAAGUUGAAGAAUUUUUA